AUGAAUACGUCUCUAAGUGAUCAUAUGUUUCUACCAGGGAAACGUUUCUUCCGUUCUGUCAAAGUACCAAAUCUGAGAAGGCCACCACGUUCUGUAUUUGGGAAAGCAACGGGUUCGGCACAACUUAUGGUCAAGAGAGACUGCGACCUCUUCACCCGCGACGAAUCAUUCCUUGACGGAAUGGGUCUAGUGGAUCACUACUAUCAUCGUGAAGACUAUAUCCUUUUCAUCAACGAACUCUCUAAUCCAGACUGGAGGAACACUCUCGAAAGUAAAGUUCUCUACGGGUUGAGCGGUAUAGUGCAGCGUACUCAACGAAAUCGGGUCUCCUUUAGAAUGUACGAUUGUCACCCAUAUGAAAAGAAUGCCAGAAUACACAUUUUAGCAGAAGAAAUUCCAGUGGUUGUCGGAAUUUGUAUCUGGGGCUAUGCCACCAAAGGACGCACAUUACAAGUUGAGGGAAGUCCAGAAAAACUAGAUCUCAGUUCGUCACAGGCGACUGGUGAAGGAAAUGGGAUUUCAGCUACCAAGAAUCCGUAA